UUCCGGAUCUUACGCCCUCUGUCGACUUUUUGUCAAAAUUAAAAUUGUCUUGUGGUGUGGUAGUGUAGGAGGUCUUGUUCUCGGCAAACUGCCUGGAAUUCAGUGUAAAAUAGUUCUAAUUUGUGAAUAAAUUCAACCUGCAGGAAUGGCUCCCCCAUACUAUGCUGAUCUUGGAAAGAAGGCCAAUGAUGUCUUCAGCAAAGGCUACCACUUUGGUGUAUUUAAAUUUGACCUGAAGACCAAGAGUGAAACAGGUGUUGAAUUCGCCAGUGGAAUCACCUCCAACCAAGAGAGCGGAAAGGUUUUCGGUAGCCUUUCGUCAAAAUAUGCAGUGAAGGACUAUGGCCUUACGUUCACUGAGAAGUGGAACACAGACAACACACUUGCCACUGAUAUUACAAUCCAGGACAAGAUUGCUGCCGGCCUUAAAGUAACCCUUGAAGGAACCUUUGCACCACAGACCGGAACCAAGACUGGUAAAUUGAAGACCUCUUUUGCUAAUGAUACCGUUGCCGUAAACACCAACUUGGAUUUGGAUCUGGCUGGACCCAUUGUGGAUGUGGCUGCUGUCCUCUCCUUCCAGGGCUGGCUUGCCGGUGUGCACGGCCAGUUCGACUCACAGAAGACCAAGUUCUCCAAGAACAACUUCUCUCUUGGUUAUGAGUCUAAGGACUUCAACCUACACACCAAUGUUGACAACGGAAAGGACUUCGGUGGUUCCAUCUACCAGAAGGUGUCAGAAAAGAUCGACUGCGGUAUUAGCAUGAAGUGGACCGCGGGCUCGGCCGACACACUGUUUGGCGUCGGAGCCAAGUUCGCGCUAGACGCCGACGCGUCUCUGCAUGCCAAGGUCAACAACAAAUCUCUCAUUGGUCUUGGAUACCAACAGAAGUUGCGCCCAGGCGUGACUUUGACAAUUUCUGCUGCUAUCGAUGGCCAGAACUUCAACGCUGGUGGACACAAAGUGGGCGUCGCUCUGGAGCUCGAGCCCUAAGUACACAGAGGCGCUUCGGCUUUUAGUCCUGUAGAUAAUACAUAAUGCCACACUGACUGUUAUUAUUAACAGAAAAGGAAGCGUAACUAGAAAAAAUCAAUUUAUUAAACAGUAUCUUCAAGUGUUCUCUGUAUAGUGUAUUCGAGCGUUCAAAACGCAACAAUCAAAUUGUCAUACAUUCGAUAACUUCGUCUUUGUUGCAUAUGCGAGUUACGCCGUCAGUCAAUAUUAUAAUUUCUAUUUCAAGACGGCGGACGCUUUUUUCCUCAAAUGUUUAGAGUUCUCAAAGUAUUAUGUAUUAGCACGCGGCGUAUGAGCAUCCCUGUUUUGCUAAAUAAAGAACCUACAUAACGUCACUACGUCAGAUGUCUUGUAAAUAAGCACCUAUGGUGUAUUGAUUGAAUGGUAAUAAAACUGAAUAGUCUGUUGGAAUCAGUG